AUCGCUUUAUCUUACACGCUGCUAGACAUUGGUCUGCAUUUGCCCCCUUCCCAAAGUUUACAGCCUUCAGCAUGGAGCACCCUGAGGUCAUUGAGUAUAUUCCACGACGGACAUUGGAGGCAGAGUUCCCCUCUACCAACAACAGUAGAGAUCUUCCAUUUCUUCAUGGCUACUCUUGCCCCACCUUGCAUCAAGCAGUCCGGACUCAUUCUGGACCAAUGGGCGUGGAUGUUAAAACACAAACAUUGUACGCAGGAAAGAACCGGGAGAUUUAUGACAAGUGGAAACAGGGACACAGUCAGAGAGAACGGGAGGCUCUACCCCAUGCCAGCUCUCAACAUCUACGGGAAACAGUCUGGUAUGACCCUUGCCUUACAGCUCAAUAUCUACAAAGUUCUCCACGUUGGGGAACUUUCCAGUGGAGAGAGAGACCUAUUCCUGGCAAAGAAUUUGUUUUGAACAGACACAAGUUUGGAGUCCAGAAGUAAGAGCAAAGAUCACAGAAUAAGUCGUAAAGCACAUCAGCCAGAGGAACGCAAGUUAGAAGGACAAUAUCAUUGACUCAUGUAGUUGGCACCACCUGCUCUAAUUAUGUGUAUUCCAUGCAUGUGUACAGAAAGAUAAUCGUCUUGUGAAAAAAUUCAAAUGCAAAGUGCAUUCUUUGCAGAAUAAAAACGUGCAUUUCCUUCUGAAAUGUUCAUUCUUCCUUGAAGCACA